UCCAGAGCUCGACCCCUUUACUACAAUAUUACACAGCUUUUCGAAACUACCUUGAAUACACUUUUUCGAAAAAGGGCAUUGUAUUGUCUCAAUGGCUACUCUUGUUAUCUUGCUUGGGCUAGCAGCUCUCGUUUUCACCAUUACCGUGGCUGAUCACAGUCCACUGCAAGAUUUCUGUGUCGCGGAUCCAAGCAACAAAGUGAUUGUGAACGGACAGGCUUGCAAGGAUCCAAAGACAGUCCAAGCCUCCGACUUCUUCUUCAGUGGGCUUCACCUUCCAGGCAACACAUCGAACCCUGUCGGUUCAAAGGUCACCCCGGUGACUGUGGCCCAGCUCCCUGGGCUUAACACACUUGGCAUCUCAUUGGCCCGGGUCGACUAUGUUCCAUGGGGCAUUAACCCUCCUCACACCCACCCACGAGCCACCGAGAUCCUGACAGUUGUGGAGGGAACCUUAGAGGUUGGGUUCAUCACAUCCAACCCUGACAACCGCCUCAUCACCAAGGUCCUGAAUAAGGGAGACGUCUUCGUGUUCCCGGUUGGCUUGAUCCACUUCCAGAGGAACGUGGGUAAGAUGAAUGCUGUCGCUAUUGCCGCUCUCAGCAGCCAGAACCCUGGAGUCAUCACGAUCGCUAAUGCUGUGUUCGGGUCGAAGCCCGACGUUGCUGGAGAUAUCCUCGCCAAGGCUUUCCAAGUCGAUGCCGGUAUCAUCAAACAGAUUCAAUCAAAGUUCUGAUGAGGAACGGAAAAUAUUUAGGGUUGCAGAGCAUAUUGGUUUUUGUAAUGCUGGUCUGUUGCUUGCAUGUGUAUGUUUUGUGCGAGUGGUUUUUUGAUGUUCUUUGGUUUUCUCGGGUUUGUUCGGCAUAAGAGAAAGGGGGUUUGAUGCAAUGAAAUCACCCUCAGACUAGGCGUUUUGAGUUCGAUUUCCAUUGAUGUAACUUCCCCAUUCGUUGCAUUUCCCCUAUGCUCUCUAGCUUUAGAAAGCUAUAACAAGUCAGAGUUUGAGCAUGGGUGAGAGCUACUGUUUAAAAUCCUUCAAUGUAUGCUUGCUAUCAAACAUGCUGAGCUAUAGCGAUUAGCAAUACGAACAGCCAAAA